AUGUCUGUCGGCUUUGACAGGAUAUUCCGGAGUAGAUGGCUACCGAAACCAAGAUUCUUUUUCCGAAACAUUUCUCCAUCCGAGGAAAAAGAUGGCAGACAGCGCCCCGUGCACCUUGGUAGCUGGUUUCUUUCGUUUGACUCUAGAGAAAGGGCUUCAGUCGACUCAUACAAGUCUUGCACAGAGUGCCAAAGCGGGACGAGGUACUCUAAUCUGAAGAGCGCAUUUCAGCAUCGUGGCAGAUGCCACCGAGGAAAGCACUGCAUCGUUGAAUUUGAACGAGCGUGCCCAGACAUAUCUACUGAGUGGUCUAUGCUUGACCCUGUAUCGAAACCUUUCCGCCUGUUGAAGAAGUUGGGAGCUAGUACGUCGGGUAGAGACAGGGUCCAUCUUUGGAUGUUGAACACACUUCACAAGUCGGAGCAUCUCCUAGUCGUAUUGAGACAUAGCGCCUUCUUCGGUGAAUCGUCGAUAUGCUCGACAAAAACUGAUGACGCGACAAAAGUGGACCGGUGUUCUCCAUCGUGGGGUGACAUAUGGAGUCGUGAUUUGCUUGGGGCUUUCGAAAGAGAGCAGGCAGCUCUCGACGAUCAUGUCAAUUCAACACAGUCUGAUGGGGCAGUAUACAGCCGUGAUUAUGAGGUCUCGUCGGAGGGUAAAGACCAGAAUGGCGUUGACGUAGAGACUAGGAAUCUACCUCUGCGCUUUCUCGAUGCAAAUUCGCCAGUGCUUUCUAUAGAGGAUGAAACUGAGCUCUGA